UCAUGCGAGAAGGCUCCCGCUCCAGAGCCUGCAGCCUUCUUUGAUCCAUCUGACACUUGUGCUAAAGUUGCUCUGGGGUAUCGUCCCAAUGCCAAAGUGUGACCUAUUUAAGAAAGUAUGUGUGAUGUAGUCUGCGUGAGCUUCAAGGAGGGGUUAACAUUUUCUUCAGUAAUUAUUAAUACCAAUUAUACCAUGAAGGAAUGUUAGGUAAGGGUAGUUUUAGGAAAGAUUGUUGAGCUCGGUUAGGUGUACUGUCAAAUAGAUUUUCAACAACGAUGUGCUCUUUCUUCAGUUCUCUACAGCUCAAUAAAGACCAAGAAGAAUAAUAUAUAGUAAUGACCUUUUAAGAUUUUUUUUAGAAAAAAUAGAUAAGUUAUGUUGAAUCAACUACGUAAUCUUCGAAAAUUUAAAUAUUAGAGAUUUAAAAAAAACAUUAUUGAUAAGAAAUGAUUAAACAAAGUCCACUACUGAUAUAACACACAAAAAAAAUCCUAAUACUUCAAUGGAUGCAAUCUUAUCAAAUAAACGUCAACCAUUAAAUAAAACUUAAAUUAUCGCAACUUCCAUUACUUAGCUGACAAUUUAUAAAAGCAGUCGUUAUUUUAAUAUUCCUCUUACGCAAUGGCUUGGGAAAGAAACAAAAACGUUCCAUUACCAAGUGUUUGGAGAGAAUUUGUGAGUAAAACUAAUCGAAAAUAUUGGAUACAAGAUAUAACCGAAGAAUAUAAAGAUAUUAUUGCAAGUUAUAUGGCUUAUGGAUUUUCUAAAGAUGAACCACUUUGUAAAUUUUCACGUAAGUACGAUUUUUCUUAUAAUAAAAAGAAAUAAGUUCAAGAAACUGUAAAAAUAAAUAAUCACAAAAAGUGGUAAUGACCUCAAAAGAAAAAACAAAACUUGUAAAUUAGCGUGUGCAAAUAGAUAAAGCUGAGAUUAGAUCCGUUUAGAACACGCAUUACGCAAAAGAUAUUCGUCUGGCAAAGAUCCAACGAAAUAAAACAAAAAAUUACGAAAUGUCGUGGCAACGAGAUCCCGGUGUUCCGUUUCCGAGUGUUUGGCGCGAGUUUAUCAGUAAAACUAACACUAAGUACUGGAUACAAGACAUACCGGAUGAUUAUAAAGACGUAGUUGCGAAUUAUAUGGCUUAUGCAUUUUCGAAAGAAGAACCAAUGUUUAAAUUUUCGAACGCGACAACGUAUGCGGAAUACUUAAAAUUAGCUUAUAAUUUUUGGAGGAAAUGUGUCGACCAAAAUAUGGGGUUAAUUUGUUUUACAAAAGAUGAGGAUGGUGACUGGAAAAUUGCUGGAAUGAAUUGUACCGUUGUUUCAACAAUUGAUGAGGAAUAUGAAAAGUUUGAAAAUAAAUGUUUAAAUAAAAUUAUUUCAACGAUAACCUACGUUACAAAACAAGUGGACGCAUUUGAAACGUUAAAAAUCGAUAAAUAUUUAUCAGCGCUUGGUUUAUUUGUAUUGCCGGAAUUCCGUGGAGAAGGAAUCGGAUUGGAGUUAUUAAAAGCGAGGGAACCACUAUGUAAAGCUUGUGGGAUAAAGGUUUCUUGUACGGUAUUCACAUCAUUAUUUUCACAAGUCAUCGCAACAAAGGCUGGAUUCAAGGACCUCUAUGAUAUUUCAUACUCUGAACUAGAGAAGAGAAAUCCACUUUUUAAAUUUCCUGGCAUUCAAGAUCACACAACCAAUAUUAAAUUUAUGUAUAUAAAGUACGAAUAAAGUGAAUUUUGAAAUAUA